AUGGACAAGAUUCACAGGCUCAAUGUGGUACAUCGCCUGGAGAAGCGCAACCCUGCUUAUCGCCUAAGGAAGAACAAUAGAAUUAACAGCAUUGCCGGCUUGUCCAUCCUCUUCUUCGGUUAUGACCAAGGAAUGAUGGGCGGUGUCAAUACCGCAUACGAAUAUUACACGCGCAUGGGCUUUGGCCAUAAAGGGCCUGACGGCGGCGUUGUUGUAGACGACACUCUGCUCCAAGGCGGAAUUGUCUCCGUUUACUAUCUCGGAACCCUUGUUGGAUGUCUUGUCGGUGGCUCUAUUGGCGAUCGCUACGGACGUAUCAAGACAAUCUUUUUCGGCGCAGCAGUUGCUAUUGUAGGCGCUUGCUUGCAAUGCUCUGCCAUGAAUGCAGCAUGGAUGAUUUGCGCCCGGUUGAUCAACGGCUGGGGUACAGGCAUUCUCAACGCCAUUGUUCCUGUGUGGGCGACUGAGACUGCGGAGCACAAAUCUCGCGGACAAUUUAUUGCUAUUGAGUUCACGCUCAACAUUCUCGGUGUGGUGAUUGCUUAUUGGCUCGAAUAUGGAUGUUCUUUCUAUGGAGACGGUACUUCUUCGUUUAUCUGGCGUUUUCCUGUAGCGUUCCAGAUUCCUAUGCUGAUUGGUCUCAUGGCUGGUGUCCUGUUUAUGCCAGAAUCACCAAGAUGGCUCACGAAAAUGGGACGAAAAGACGAAGCGCGAUACGUUCUCGGUCGCCUUCGUGGCGAUGAAGGCGAAGAUCGAGAAAGAGCUGAAAUUGAGUUCCAGGACAUCGUUAAGUCGUGCGAACUAGAGCGCAAGGAGCUCGCCAACCAGUCUUACGGCCAUAUGCUUUUCGGUAUCGGUUCCGGAAAACUGCACACCGGGCGGCGUGUACAGCUUGUCAUCUGGCUACAGAUCAUGCAAGAAUGGGUUGGAAUCGCUGGCGUCACAAUUUACGCUCCAACGAUAUUUGGAAUUGCUGGGAUGAGCCCUUCCAAGCGUCAGUGGAUUGCCGGUCUCAACAACAUCUUCUACAUGUUCUCAACGCUUAUUUGCGUGUUUACACUCGAUCGGAUUGGACGCCGCUGGACCUGCUAUUGGGGCUCUGUCGGCCAAGGAAUAGCAAUGGCACUUGCCGGUGGUUUCAGCUAUCUCGGCCAGCAAGCGACUCUCGACGGCGAUGCUAGCAAAGCCGCUGGAUACGGAAACGCGGCUGUAUCUAUGGUCUUCCUCUUCACCUUCGUAUUCGGAGCCACAUGGUUAACCGUCCCAUGGCUGUACCCCGCAGAAAUCUUCCCACUCGAAGUCCGCGCCAAAGGAAAUGCCUGGGGUGUGGUGGGCUGGUCAAUUGGUAAUGGUUGGCUUACACUCCUGUGCCCGAUCAUGUUCGACAAGAUCGGCGAGAAGACGCUGUACAUCUUUGCUGCCUGCAACGCCAUCACGAUCCCUAUGGUCUGGGCAUUAUACCCGGAAACCAACCAGCGCACGCUAGAGGAAAUCGACCUUCUCUUUGCUUCGGACAGUAUCUGGAACUGGGAAGCUGAGAAAAACUUUGCAAGAUUGCGAGAUGAGAAUGGCCUUGGAGCAACGACUGCGACGGCAAGGGAUAUCGAAAAUGUAUCUAGUCGCAAGCCGAGCGUGGCUCAAGACAAGCAAGUUCAGGUCGAGUCUGUACAGUCUUAA